UGAUUAAUUAAUUAACCUGUCUUCUUGCUAUAUCCUUUUUCUUAAUUUGUUCAAGAGUUUUAAGGGUUUGAACUUUUUUGAAUAGAUAUAUACAUAUGCUUCAUAAACCAUAUUAUAUGAACUAAAAUCGAGAUAUGUUCAAAAAUAGCAAAAUAUAUUAAAAUUAUUUACAAAAUAUAACAAAAUUUACUCAACUCUCUAGUCCAUUUAAAUUUAUUUUACUAUAUUUUGUAAAUUGUUUCAUAUUGUUUUUGCAAUUCAUAACAAUUCCCUAAGAUGGGUUACUUGGCCAACAUGAUCGAUCAGUAUCAUAAUUUCUAAUUAAGCUAUUAUCUUGAAGGAAGUUGAUAUUACACAAAGGGAUAAGGAUAAUUAAUGAUAGCUAAAAAAGAGAGAAGGGAAAGCGCUAGAGGAGUGGCUAUGUGUAUCAUUAACUCCUAAACCAAUCACCACAUCCAACAACUUUCUUUAAUUUUCCCAUCCGCCAUACGCACCGCACCAUAAAACCCCACUUUCCUCCCCCGCUCAUUCCGCCCCCAAUACUAACUCCACACUCUGAUCCUCAUCAUCAUAGUUUUAAUGGCUCCCUCAUCAGCUCAUUUCUUGUUUGCUGCCUUGGCUCUGCUUUCUGUGGGGUUUGUGAGCUCCAACAUAGACCAAGACAGGGCGGAGUGUGCGGACCAGGUGGUUGGGCUCGCUACUUGCUUGCCAUACGUUGGCGGCGAGGCUAAGGCACCCACCCCUGACUGCUGUAGUGGGCUUAAGCUUGUGCUUGAUAAGAGUAGGAAAUGUCUUUGUGUGUUGAUUAAGGACCGUGAUGACCCCAGCCUUGGACUCAAAGUUAAUCUUACCCUUGCUCUUGGUCUUCCUUCUGCUUGUCACGCCCCAGCAGACAUCAAAGAUUGCAUCGGGCUUCUCCAUUUGUCGCCAAACUCCCCAGAGGCUAAGGAUUUCUUGGGUUCGUCCAACUCCAAGGAAACUAACACUUCUUCAUCAGCACAUGCUACUCCUGUUAGUGGGAAUUCUUCACAAAACACAGAAGUGAAGAAUGGUGGAACGAAGAGGAAUAAUCAGUGGUUGGGUGUGGAGAUACUCAUUUGCUUUAUUACUUCAUCUUUUCUAUUCACUUGUAUUUGGUAGUUUCUUUUUUUUCAAAAUUAGUUUUUAAAUCCACUUUUCCAAAAGAAAAAAAAUAAAAUAAAAUAAAAUGUUCCAUUAGUUAAUUAUAAAAUUAUUCGAUAUAUGUUUGCUUAGUUAUAUAUUAUUAAUUUGAUAAUCAUCUUUAAGUGAGAUCAUAAUAUAAACUCUUUGAAAUUUGUUUCAUAA